AUGGCUAUAGUCCGUCAUUUUGGGCGUCCCUCACUAUUUGUUACCUUUACCGCGAAUCCAAAGUGGGAAGAGAUUACUGCGGAGUUACUACCGGGGCAAACUGCUGUUGAUAGGUCAGAUUUAGUUGCAAGGGUGUUCCAUCUCAAGCAACAACAACUCCUCCAAGAAAUAAAGCGUAAACACAUCUUUGAUCGCUAUCUUAGGUCUGUAUGGACCAUUGAGUACCAGAAGAGAGGGCUGCCACACAUGCAUCUACUGAUAUUCCUUCAUCCGGAUGAUCGCUUUCUGACAGCAGAGAGGAUCGACGAAAUUGUGUGUGCAGAGUUACCGGACCCCGCGACUGAUCCUACGGGGGAACUAAAUGCAAUCAUUAGAAGUUGUAUGGUACACGGUCCAUGUGGAGAGGCCAAUAUGCGAUCGCCCUGCAUGGCUUCAAAGGAGAAUGGGGGACCAACUGCAUGUUCGAAACGGUACCCUAAGGCCUAUCAAUUAGAGACAGUUGUACAGGAGGAUGGCUAUCCACUGUAUAGAAGACGUAAUGAUGGCAGAACCUUUUCAGUGGCAGUAAGGGGCUCAGGGUUUAAUCAAGAGUAUCAGAUGGACAACAGAUGGGUGGUUCCAUAUAAUCCUUAUCUUUCUUUACGGUAUAAAGCUCAUAUCAAUGUCGAGAUCUGUGGGAGUGACUCGGAUGAAAUUACUAGAUACCUCCAAGGGCGUUAUAUAGGACCCACUGAGGCUGUAUGGCGUUUGUUCGAAUACUGGAUGCAUGAAGAAUACCCGUCAGUCAUUCACUUGGCUGUUCACUUGCCUGGCGAGCAACCGGUAUACUAUGGGGAUAACUCUAACUGGGAGGAGUUGAUACAGAGGAUGCAAAACUCGAGAACUACACUGAUAGCUUAUUUUGAGUACAAUACAGAGCACGAGGAUGGUACCCAGUAUCUCUAUCAAGAUUUCCCGGUGUACUUUACCUAUGACGCUAGAUCGCGGAAGUGGGCAUCCAGGAAGAAAGGUGUGGCUAUUGGACGUAUGUGGCAUUGCAAUCCUAUGAUGGGGGAGAAAUACUAUAUGCGUUUACUGUUAACCGUGAUCCCUGGCGCAAGAUCUUUUGAUCAUCUGAAAACUGUCAAUCAUGUGCUGUUUCCUACAUUCAAGGCUGCAUGUAUUGCCCUUGGCUUAUUGGACGAUGAUCAAGAGUGGGUGCAGUGCUUUACUGAAACAAGCUUAUUCUCGAGCGGAUAUUCCCUCCGUACACUCUUCACUACUGCCUUACUAUUUGGCAACGUGACUGAACCUUUACAAUUAUGGGAUAGAUUCAAGUCAAAUAUCUGCGAUGACUUGCCCCGAGCUAUGGAAAAAAACACAGGUCUCAUUAUCCCCCCUGAGCUUCCGGAUGCCCACCUGGACUAUGGCCUCUACCUGAUAUCACAGAUUCUUGCCGACUCCAACAGAACGCUUAACGACUUUGGAUUGCCCCUCUAUACAGUGGAUUGGAACCGAACAGGUGGGAACGAGAUGAUUGCAUCAGAACUACGAUAUGAUGUGGUUGCGGAAGCGGCAAGUCUACAGUUGAGGAUUUCACAACUCAAUUCAGAACAGUUGGAAUGCUUUAAUACUAUUACACACAGUAUUGAAGAAGCUGCGUCCGCCCUAUUCUUCAUUCAAGGGCCCGCAGGUACUGGAAAAAUGUUCCUAUACAAUGUCAUCUGUAACCAUUUCCGCUCCCAGGGUAAGAUUGUGCUUUGUAUUGCCUCUUCUGGCAUUGCGGCACAGUUGCUCCCUGGAGGCAGAACAUCCCAUUCCAGAUUCAAAAUUCCGAUUGCUAUCCAUGAGGGCUCAACAUCUGACAUCAAACGGGGCACCCUGUUGGCCGGUUUAAUUCAAAAGACCGCGCUGAUCAUCUGGGAUGAGGUACCUAUGCAGAAUAAGUAUUGCUUCGAAGCGGUUAGCCGGACCCUGAAUGAUAUAUGUAGUGUGAGUGAUGAUUGCCUGUUUGGAAAUAUUCCGGUCGUACUCGGAGGGGAUUUUGCACAGAUUUUACCAGUUGUGCAACGCGGUAAUAGGGCUCAGAUAGUGCAGGCAUGCCUACAACGGUCUUCUUUAUGGCAGCAUUUCAAGAUAUUAAGACUCAAGAUCAACAUGAGGGUCCGCAAUGGUGUUGAGAAUGAGGCGUUUGCGGCUUGGCUUGGGCAGAUGAGCCAUGAUUCCCGAUGGUAUGGUAGAAUAUCUCUACCAUCAUACAUCCAGAGCUGUAAGACAAUUGAGGACCUUUUCGCUGAGUUCAAUGAUAGAGUUCUACAGCAAAUUCAAGGCGAGGUGCACACGUACUAUUCGGUAGACACUGUUGAUAGCGGGAAUUCAGAAGAGAAUGCAAACCUGCUACCUCCAGAAUAUCUGCAGGGUCUCAAUCCAUCUGGCCUCCCACCAUCUAUCAUCAAACUAAAGGUGGGGGCGCCCAUAAUUCUACUCCGCAAUCUAUUUCCGAAGCAAGGUCUCUGCAAUGGAACACGAAUGACGGUAACUAAACUGGGUAUACGGUGUAUCGAAGCCAAGAUUCUGGGUGGUGAGUUUGACGGGGAGCCAAAGGUUAUACCACGUAUACAGCUUUCAUCCACUGAGGGAGAUCUACCUUUCACAUUAAUGAGGAGGCAGUUGCCUAUUCGGCUAUGCUUUGCGAUGACCGUCAAUAAAUCGCAGGGUCAAUCACUGGAUGUUGUUGGGGUUGACUUGAGGUCUGAUCCCUUCACUCACGGGCAGCUCUAUGUAGCGCUCUCGAGAGUCACAGAUGUAGCUGGCUCGAUGGUGCUGCAACGAGAUGAGACACCGCCUCAAACAGACAACAUUGAUACAAAGGAUUUGUGCUGGAGCCGGUUGAAGGACUCGGGGGUUCUUGGUAAGGGAAGGGAAAGAGAGGUGGGUUACGGUAUUGGGUGUAGGAUGGGGGAAUGGAAGAAGCCGGAGGACUGGGUAUCGAAUGGUAGAACAAAUUCGGGAAGUGAUGGAAAGGAUCAGGGCAUGGAGGAAAUAGGAUAG